CUUUGUUUUGGGGUGAGUUGAGAGCGAAAUACAGAAGAGCAAACGACUGUUUUAUGAAGCUGCUAUUGUUUGAUAUGAGCGUUAGAUGGUCGAGAUUGUGGAUGGAGCCGACUUGACACGCAAACCCCAGAAGGUGAUGAUCAGCUAGGUUUUAAACAUGCUGUCAGAAUUGUUUCUCUUCACCAAAAGUCCUCUGAGGUCGACCCUUCUUCACCGGAAAGCGAGCCUCACCAGAAAGCUCCACCUAUCAGAGCCAGGACGAUGGUCGCUGAGGGUGCCGGCUCAAAGAAGCGCUCACAGGUGGACUACCGCGCCGUCCUUGAGGAUAAACCCGAGGCCUGUGUUUACCAGAGCCCUUGGGUUUGGAGAAAGGCUCGCAAUUGUGGACAGCAGUGGGAGGCACAGCUACAAGCAGCUGUACUGCAGCAACUUAGCGCUUUCCAGCAGAAUCAGUGCAACCUUGAACUCUGGCCUCGGGGGUCUUGAUGGAAGACGGAUAUCCUUCCUCUGUGCCAACGACGCUUCCUACGUGGUGGCACAGUGGGCAGCUUGGAUGAGCGGUGGGACGGCGGUGCCACUCUACCGAAAACACCCUCUUUCAGAACUGGAGUACAUCAUUUCCGAUUCCCAGACUUCGCUACUGGUGGCAGCACAUCCUUAUGGAGAGACUCUUGAACCACUGGCGCAGAAGCUGGGGCUUCCCUGCUUGACGCUCCCUCCUACGUCAGACCUGCACACUGUAGAUGAUGUUGGUACUCCUUCAGGCGAGGAGGAGAACGCCAUCAGAGACUGGGCUGAUCGACCGGCUAUGAUCAUCUACACUAGUGGUACCACUGGGCGUCCCAAAGGGGUCCUACAUACACACAGCAGCAUCCAAGCCAUGGUCCAGUGUCUGGUUUCUGAGUGGGCGUGGUCUAAAGAUGACGUCAUCCUGCACACCUUGCCACUCCACCACGUUCACGGCAUUGUCAACAAGCUGCUGUGCCCGCUCUGGGUGGGGGCCACCUGUGUCAUGCUCCCUGAAUUCCAGCCUCACAAGGUAUGGGAGAUGCUCCUGAGCUUCAAGGCUCCAGUGGUUAACGUGUUCAUGGCCGUGCCAACUAUUUACUCCAAGCUGAUCCAGUACUAUGAUCAGCACUUCACACAGCCUCAUGUCAAGGAUUUUGUCAAAGCAGUUUGCAAAGAGAGAAUCAGAUUGAUGGUUUCAGGGUCAGCUGCUCUCCCCCUGCCCACCCUGCAGCGCUGGGAGGAGAUCACAGGACACACGCUGCUGGAACGCUACGGCAUGACAGAGAUCGGCAUGGCGCUCUCCAACCCCCUGAAGGGUCAACGAACCCCAGGAGCUGUAGGGCUGCCUCUUCCGGAUGUAGAGGUGCGAAUCGUCAUGAGUAACACCACCAACACCACGAUUGCUGAGGGAAAUCACAAAGAGACUCAGGUACGUCCAGGUCUUGAGGGUAAAGAGGGAGAGCUGCUGGUUCGAGGUCCGUCCGUCUUUAAGGAGUACUGGAACAGACCUGAGGAGACCAGAGACGCCUUCACUGAAGAUGGCUGGUUCAAAACGGGAGACACAGCCGUCUACAAAGAUGGCGUGUACUGGAUCUUGGGUCGCAGCAGCGUUGACAUCAUUAAGAGCGGUGGCUAUAAGAUCAGCGCCCUCGAGGUGGAGCGACACCUACUGGCUCAUCCAGACAUCAUAGAUGUGGCUGUGAUCGGCGCUCCGGACGCUACGUGGGGCCAAAAGGUCACUGCUGUGGUGCAGCUGAGGAAAAACCAGGAAAUGACUCUACCAGAAUUAAAGACCUGGGCAAGGGAGCACAUGGCGCCCUACAUCAUUCCGACAGGCCUGGUGUUGGUGGAGGAAAUGCCGAGGAAUCAGAUGGGGAAAGUCAACAAGAAGGACCUCCUGCGACACUUCUUUCCGUGACUGGACAGCUUUGAUAGCUGCGGAAAUGUCGGUGUUUCUUCAAGUGUGCCUCUCUGCCAGGAUAUUUCUCUUUUGUCCUUCCAGAUCAGACAGACGUUUUACGUUAGUGUGAGGAAAGAAGCCAAAACGAGGGAUAAACAUUCGCCGUAACCCGAUCACCGAUCCAAACACGACCACGGAGGUUAAUCAUUUCCUGUCAACUAUUGCACUUACUGCUUCAAGCACCUGUGUGGAUGAAAGAGAAUAAAAGUCUAAACUCCACCAUGAGGACAGAGUGUUAGGAAUGCUGAUAUGAAAGAAGAAAAAGUCAAAUCUGGGUGUAAAAAUGUGUUAUGUGGCGAGAAGUUUUGAAAUACUUCUUGUAUUGUGUGUGUGUUGGGUUUCCUUUUGGUUGUUUUUUUUUUUUUUUUGUCUAGUUCUGCUCCACAUCACAAACUGUGUGAAUUGUUAACCAGAAGCGCUCUCCGUAUUAAGAAUCAGACAAAGGAGUGAUGUUCUCUGAACUGGGUCAUUAAAAGGAUGGAUUUUUUUUUUUACAGUCCCUCACAAAAAAAGCUUAAUUCUUUUAACUUUUUCACAGUUUCUCAUCACAACAUUCAGCAUUUGUUCUCAGGCCUUCUUAGCCUCUGCCUCAGCCUCAAGUCUUUUGUGGCUAAAAGGUUUUCUUUACUGCAUUUCGCUCCAGCUAUCCUCACAUCACUGCUGACCGGCUUCUCUGUCCCUGCUGACGUAAAACGCCCCCACAGCAUGACGCUGCCACCACCAUACUGUAUUUCACCAUUGAUUUGGUGUGUUCAGAUUGGUCUGUGGUUUUUGGCAACACGCAGCGUUUUGUAUAUAGGACACUAUGUCUGUUUUGGUCUUAUGUGAAUAGACCAUCUUUCAAUAGGAUGGUCGUUGUAUCAUCAGUUUUCAUAGAACUGAUUGAUCAGCUCUCUUUGAGAUGUUCAAAUCUUGAGAUAUUGUUUUAUAACCUAACCCUGCGAUAAAGGUCUUUAUAACCUUCCCCCCUGACCUGUCACAGUUGUUCCCUGGUCUUCAUGACGCUUUUUGUCCUCUAAUGUUCUCUAACAAACCUCUGAGACCUUCACAGAACAGCUGGUCUUACCUUGAAAUUGCACACAAGUAUCUUUUGGAGUAUCAAAGUAAAGGAGGCUGAAUACAGAUGCAGGCUUCACUUUUUAGAUUUCCACAUCGUUUUUGUUCCACUUUACAAUGAAGCGCUAAUCUCUGUUGAUAUAUUGGAUAUAAAAAUCCCAACAAAAUAAAUUAACUUUGUAGCUGUUAAAGUUAAAAUGUGAAAAAGGCUCCUUCUCAAGGAGUUGUAUUUUAAGCAGAAGCCGCUGUAUUAAUUUUGAACGCAUUACCUUGGCAUCAUUCAGGUAGUCAUCAGACAAACAACAUGAACCUACACAAUAAUAUUUUUGCAUUGUAUUAUUUAGGUCAGUAGGAAUGAACUGAGGAACUGGGACUUUUGGGAGUUUUUCGGGUGACAAAAAUCCACUUUGGAAGUGGCCUCGCUCUGUUGAGCCGAUAAAGCGACUCUCAGGUGAAAAUGACUGUGACCCAGAUGUUGUUCAGGCUUACUGUAGGUCCUUACUGCUUACAACUCUUCUACAAAGUAAGGGAAAGAGCUUUGAUGAAAUGUAAAGUGAUCGUAUUGAGCAACACUGUAGGAUUCACUGCUCCAGCUGCCAUUGUGGUUUGAUCACAGUUAAAGGCGUUAUGGUGCCAGAGCUACACACAGAUAAACUAACAGAUAAUCUUAAGCGAGAUCAUAGUAAUUAACUGUAUUUUUCCUUAAUGAUAUGAAAAAAUACUUAUUUUCCUCCAUGCAUUGAAGUGACACUGAUGUAUUUGUCUAUAAGAAAUGUAAAUAAAUCUGAAAGUUAGAAAUUUUA